GCGCGCUACUGUGCUGCAAGGCAAGACGCAUGCGGUAAUACCACCGGCUGGCAGGGUGAAUGUUGAACGCCUUGCGGUACGCUGCAUGCACUCUCCAUGUCGUGCGGCAUGCAUGUAUGCACAUCACCUAGGAAGCGCAACCAUGUAGAUACCACGAGGCGGAACACGAUGAUGCUCUCUGCCAGAAUCCGACGUUGCGAGGAAACAUGAGGAGUGAAUGAUUCAUGAACGACCCAGAGAAGCGGGUACAAGGACGCGCGGGAGCGCAACGCCGCAAACCAGCAUACGCGGUAAAAUAGACGCCAUAUAAGGGCGCCCUUUGCCCCGCAAAGGGGAAAUGGUCAGACAAGUCCUAAACUACGAGUACAUCAACGGGCGCCGCUACCACGCCUACCGCAGCGGCGCCUACGUGCUCCCCAACGACGAGCAAGAGCAAGACCGCCUCGACCUACUGCACCACAUCUUCCUUCUCAUCCUGGGCGGGAAACUGUACGACGCACCGCUUAUCUCCGCGCCCUCGCGCGUUCUGGACAUCGGUACCGGGACGGGCAUAUGGGCGAUUGACUUUGCCGACGAGAACCCGGGGAGCGAGGUCAUCGGGAUCGAUCUAUCCCCCAUACAACCCACAUGGAUCCCGCCGAACGCGAAGUUCUUCAUCGACGACGCGGAGAGCGAGUGGUUGUACACUCGCGCCGAGGCGUUUGAUUUCAUCCACGUGCGCACCAUGAGCGGCAGCCUGGCAGAUUGGGAUCGUCUUGUGCGGCAGGCGUAUGCGCAUCUUGAGCCCGGGGGGUGGCUGGAGUUCCAGGAGCCGAUUGAGCUGUGUGAGAGCGAUGACGGGACGAUUGAGCGCGCGCAGACGAUUCUGCAGUGGCAGGCACUGUGUGCGCAGGCGGCGAGGGGGUCGGGGAUUGAGCUUUGUGUUGGGCUUACGCUUAAGCGGAGGAUGGUUCAGGCGGGGUUUGUGGAUGUGGAGGAGAAGGUUAUCAAGGUCCCAGUAGGUCCCUGGCCCAAAGACCCGCGCAUGAAAGAAAUCGGGCGCUACGGCCGCGAACAUCUCGCCGUGGGCGUCGAGCCCUACACCUUCGGCUUCCUGGGCAAAUUGCUCGGAUGGAGCGAGGCUGAGUGUCGCGUUAUGAUUGCGAAGGUCGUGGCGGAUGUGAGGAAUCGGAAUCUGCAUCUUUAUAUUAGGUUCUGUUUUGUGCAUGGGCGGAAACCGAAGGAAGGGUGAGAGGUUUCUUUGGUGUUGUUGGGAGGAGAAAGAGGGGGGUGGGUUGGGGAUGGGGAUGGAAGGUUGUUUAGU